GGGAUAUCGCAUCCGACUUCCUCCGUGCUCAGCAGAAGGCACCCGCUCUAUUCAUGGAUGGCCCUGCUGCUGUUCUCGAAUCGAAGUAGAACAACACAACAGGAUAUUAAGCAACAUAGUACUGACGGCUGUGCGGCUAGCCCCGCAGGGAGUCAUGAGGAGACGACAUCGACAC